CCUGCAUAGUUAUCCAAUAUCAGAGCCAAUAUGGAGCAAGAAUAUAUUUCCUUCCAGGCUCUCCUAAUAUUUAUAUUGGUUAAUCUUGGUAGCAGUGAUAGAAUACAUAACAAAAUAUAUUUUGAUAUGCAUAACAAAACUGCAUGUGUUCGGCUAUUGAAUGGAACGCAUCAGAUAGGAUGUCAAUCUUCAGAGCGAGGCAACGUUGGUGUAGUGCAUUUGAUAGAGAAUGUUGAUGAUGUAGAAUGGUUGAGAAGCACAGGACCACACAGUCCCUACGUAGCUGUUGUUACCUCAGACUUCUACAAUCUGAAGUCAUUGAAAGCACUGAAGGAUUCUGGGAAGGUGAAUGGCGUACUUGUGAUCCCAAGCAAUGUAACCCAUCCUAGCCCACCAGCUAAUGGCUCCUCUCCCGAAUACAGUUGCCCUAAUGAAGGCUACGGAAUGUAUGGGAAGGAGGAUGGUGAUGGCUACAGUGAUUGUAACGUCACAACUUGGAAUCCAGUUGGCGAUGCUAUGAACUUCUGGGAUUGGAGCAUUCCCAUUUUUCUGUUAGACAAUGUUAUGGAUAUUCGUAGUCUGUUAGAGUGUUACAAGCGUCACAACGAGCCGAGCGAGGAUGGCGAGGCACGUGAUUGGCCGCUGUGCGCGGCGGAGCUCGGUGACAGGAUGUUCGCAGCCAUUGACUCGGUCACGUGUAUACGCAGGACUAAGCUUAGCCAGAGUCUGGUGAGGUUUGGUUCGGGACAUUGUGACCCGCUCGGGGACAAGAACGUGUGGGCGACGCUAAGACCCGUGACAAAGUCAAAUCCACCGGCUGCCAAAUCCAUCGUCGUCGCUGCAGCACGGGAGGCGUUUGACUACAUCGGCUCCAGCCGCAUGGUGCACGACAUGGAGGCGGGUCGCUUCCCGUCGCCGCUAGUCGACCGCCUCGCCAGCCAGACAGCUCUCAUCAACCUCACACACAUCUCUCACAUCGUGGAGGUCAGCCAGGUCGCACGCAUCCACGCAGGCGAGCUGUGGCUGCACAGCGACCCUCGCAUGAGGAAGAACGCAGAGGUCAAUCGCACGGUGAGUGAGCUCGUCGAACUGCUGAGAGGUCACGCGCUGGAGGUCAACCUGAAGGCGCAGGAGCCAGCGUUGAAGCAGCCCCUGCCUCCAGCAUCCGCGCAAAGAUUCCUGCGUAACAGCUCAAACAUUCCCACCGUUGUCAUCGCAGACCACGAGGCAGAGUAUAGAAACAAGUGCGUACGUGUGCAGAGACGCCGCGCUCAGUCUCUCAGUAUCUCAGUUUCUCAGUCGUUCACUCUUGCAAUCUCUCCAUCUUAG